AUGCACUUUACCGACUCAGAAGCCGCGGACGUGAAGUCAUGGGUAGUGAAGAAGCUGGAGGACAUCUCCGAUGCGGACUCUGAUGUCCUUGCCGAUUACGUACUCGCGCUGAUCAGAACCGAUGCGCCAGACGAUGAAAUCCGACAAGCUUCGGUGGAAAACUUGGAGGACUUUUUGCGAGAACACACUCAGCCGUUUGUUGACGAGCUCUUCACAAAAUUUGGCCCGAAGCAGGCUGCCCCUGCUCCCCAAUCCCAGCCUCCGCAGCAGCCUCAUAUCUUCUCUGCAACCGCUCAGCCAUUCAACCCGCCCAGUGGCCCUAGAAACGAUUUCAACAGUCGGAAACGAACGUUCAAUGAAGGAUUCCAGGGAGACCAAGGGGUCGAAGAUGGCUCAAUCCAGAACCGCGCCUUUAAGACUCCAAGAAGAGGCCGUGGUGGUGGUGUUGGUCGCGGUGACUGGAUGGGUGGCGGUCACCCUAUGCAUGGUCAACAAUUUCCAGGCCAGCAAGGCGGAUUCCCUCCUAUGAUGCCUGGGUUCCCGGGCUUCGACCAGAAUGAUCCUAUGGCCGCUGCCAUGAUGGGGAUGCAGGGAAUGGGGUUCCCGCAAAUGCCCGGGAUGCCAAUGCCUGGAAUGCCCGGUCAGCCGGGCAUGGAACAUCUGGCCAACCAGCGCUGUCCGUUCUAUGAUACUCAAGGUAUCUGUUAUUUGGGUACUGCUUGUCCUUAUAAACACGGCGAUGCGGGAGGAAAGAAUGACGAAUACGACCCGAAGAGCGCAACAAUUCCGAACAGAGAUGGCGACUUUUCACGCGGCAGCGAGCGAGGCCGUGGUCGUGGGCGUGGUGGCUUCAGCGGACGAGGACGCGGCCGGUCCGACUUCUCAUCCGCAGGACCCAACGAGGACCGCACAGUCACAACAAUUGUGGUGGAGCAGAUUCCUGACGACAAGCUCUCGGAGGAGGCUGUGCGCGAAUUCUUUUCCCAGUUUGGUAAUAUUGUGGAGGUCUCGUUGCAGCCCUGGAAGAAGCUUGCUCUUGUUAGAUAUGAGACGUUUGCCGAGGCCAAACAAGCGUGGUCUAGCCCAAAGGUGAUCUUUGACAACCGGUUUGUCAAGGUAUACUGGCAUAAGCCUAAGCCGAAUGACAGGAACGGGGAAUCCCAGCCUGAAACUCCAGCAUUCAACCAGGAAGAGUUCGAGAAACAGCAAGCCGAGGCCCAGAGAACGCACGAGGAGAAGUUGAAGAAGCGACUGGAGGCCCAAAAAGCCAAGGAGGAACUUGAACGCCAGCGUGAUGAACUUAUGAAGAAGCAGCAAGAAGAAAAGGCACUUAUCAUGCAACGUCUUGGCGUCUCAUCAAAUAACGGCCCUGAUACUGCGGAUGUUCAAUCCGAAGAUCCCGCUGUUGAUGAAAAUGCGAGCGAGGAGACCAAAAAGCUGCGCGCUCAGUUGGCUGCUCUCGAGGCAGAGGCACAAAGUCUCGGUAUUGACCCCUCCGACCCCUCAGCCUCAUCUGGCCGGGGCGGAUACCGGGGUCGUGGUGGGUACCGCGGCCGAGGCGGGUUCCGUGGCCGCGGAGGCUUCGACCCUUCAUACCGUGGCGGAUUCCGGGGCCGCGGUGGAUUUGCCCCUCGUGGUCGAGGUGGUGUCUUGCGUCUAGACAACCGUCCCCGCCGAGUUGCCGUGACAGGCGUCGAGCUCCACUCGGACAAGGACGAAGCCCUGCGUCAGCACCUGAUUGGCAUUGGCGAGUACGAGUCCAUCGAGGCUAACCCGAACACACCUGGCUCCAUCAUUGUGGCUUUCAAAGAGCGAUACCAGGCCGAGAAGUUCAUGUUCAGCCCGUGGAACAUCCCUAAUGUGGGCGAGGUGCAACUGGCAUGGCUUCCCAAUCCUCCUAUCACACUGCCAACUGCGUCAACAGAGCCAAAGAAUGGGCUCGAUGAGGAACAGGACACAAACAUGGACACCACGCCAGUGUCUGCCCCGGUGCCACAACAGCCACCCCGUGAUAUGGAUUAUGAUGUUGCUGAAGAUGAUGGCUGGGGAGCAUAG